AUGGUUCGACUACUUUUCUCAUCACGAUACGGCGCUCAGUCGACACCCGUCCUUGCGGCGGCGGCAUUCAUCACGCUCACGGUUGUCUACUUACUGCGAUUUAACGGCCAUAUUACACCAUUCAGCUCAGCGGAGUUCAGCUUCAGAACAUCGACAACAUCGGGACUCAACCUCGAUGCGAUCAAUAAGACAGCACAAUAUUUUGUCGACUACCCUCUCGGACCCCCAUACAAGAAGAUAUUUGGCGAACUCGGCGAGAGGACAAAGAUCUUGCGCUCAUGGAUUGAGGCAUUGGAGGAGAGGACGCCAAAGGGACAGCGGCUUGUGGGGGCUGAGAGAGACUUCUUAGCCGAGCAAAUCGAACGAGUCGCGGCAUCCCUGUACCCUUUCCUGCAAUCUCCGCCAAGAGACCCUCACAGCCGGUCGCCCCUCGCGGAUCUUCGGCGAAGCUUUGGGAGUGCGGAACCCCCUGUUCGUCAGCCCCAGCAGCAGCAGCUCCCAGUCGUCCCAGUCGUCGAGGACAGCGUCGAUGCAGUCGCCGGCGCACCGGCAGCAGCGGCCGACGCUAUCUCCAGGAGGCAAGCGGACGACGGCAUCUAUAAGCCGAAAAAUGCGGGAAUCGUCAUCCCCACCGGAUCUGGCACGCUGCGAUUCGCGUGCCAUCUGGUGGCGUCGCUGACGCGUGUGCACCGAACCACGCUACCGAUCCAGAUUGUGUACGCCGGCGACGAGGACUUGAGCGAGGAGGACCGUGAUACCCUUGUCCAGGCCGCUGCCACUGGUGAUGAUGGCCACAUCGAGUUCCUGGACAUUACGACCGUAUUCAAUGAUACCACUCUGAGAUUGGCGGAGGGAGGAUGGGCGAUCAAGCCGUUUGCCGCGCUCGGCAGUCGCUUCGAGGAGGUGAUUCUCCUGGACGCCGAUGUCGUCUUCAUGCAGGCGCCCGAACAGCUGUUGCAGCAGCGAAGCUAUCGCGAGAAAGGCGCGCUGCUCUUCCACGAUCGACUCCUUUGGAAGGGCCAGUUCCCCGAACGACACGAUUGGUACCACGAGAUGAUUAAGCGCCCGAGCGAAGAACUGUCGAAAUCGCGUGUCUGGACAGAAAGAUACGCCGAGGAGGGAGACUCUGGCAUCGUUGUGCUUAACAAGGGGCGGCUGGACGUGCUCAUGGGUCUGCUCCACAUCGGCUGGCAAAACACCUAUGCAGUGCGCAACUCUUGGACGUAUCGGAUUACCUACGGGGACAAGGAAACUUACUGGAUCGGUCUGGAAGUGACAGGAUCAAAAUACUCCUUCUCCAGGCAUUAUGGCGGCAUGGUUGGCUGGAGAUUUCCGAUCCGCGGUGUGCAGACGGACAUGACGCAGGUGUGCAGCUUCGUGAUUGCACACGUGGACGAGGUAGAUAAUCUGCUGUGGUACAACGGCGGGCUGCUGAAGAAUAAGAUGGGCAACGCGACGGAGUUCGAGGUUCCGACGCACUGGAUGAUUGACCAGCAAUGGGUCAAGGGUGCGAAGAAGAAGGACAUGAGCUGCAUGGUCGGCACAAACGUGAGAGAGCUGCUGGAUCAUGAGAAGAAUGUCCUGGGCAAAAGCAUAGAGGCUGCCCAAGAUAUUGAUGUUUCGCUUGAGUUGGUGUAA